AUGUUGAACAAGAAGAAAGUGAGUCAUUUGGUGGUGGACUCGGGGGCCUUCAUAGCCGGCACUCAGAUCCAGGAUUUGGGCGAAAAGAUCUAUACUCUGCCGCAAGUGGUCGAUGAGAUCAAAGACCAAAACACACGAAACAGACUUCAGUUCAUCGCUUAUGAACUCAAAUACAGAGAGCCAUCCGAAGAGGACAUUAAAGCUGUCAUCAGUUUCGCCAAAAAGACCGGCGAUUACUGUCAGUUGUCGGCAACUGAUCUCAAAGUGAUUGCUCUGACGCUAAGACUCGAGAAAGAGGUGAAUGGAGACAAACAUAUCAGACAUGAGCCACAAGUGACACAAGUCUUGAAGAAGACUCAUUCGGAAGCAAAUGAAUCAAUGGUUGGGUUUUAUGUCAAUAAAAAUGAUGACAAAUCGGAUGAUACUAAAAGCGAAGGCAAUUGUGCGGAGAAUGCAAAAGAGGUGACCGAAGAAGCGAUUGGAAGCGAUGGCGAAGAGGAGGAAGAAGAGGAUUCAGAGGAGGGUUGGAUUACACCUCAUAAUGUGGAAGAGAUUAGAAGACAAAUGAUGGGAAUGAAAGUGGACGACGAAGUGGAGGAAGUGGUGUCGGUCGGGUGUCUGACCGGAGACUAUGCGAUGCAAAACGUCUUAUUGCAGAUGGGAUUGAAAGUGAUUAACAUUAAGGACGGACUUCGGAUUAGAUCCACAAAACAGUUUGUGUUUCGAUGUUUCGCGUGCCUUAAGAUCAGCACAAAGACAUGCAAUGAUUUUUGCCACAAUUGCGGUAAUUUGAAGACUUUAAAACGCGUGGCGCUGACCGUCAGGGAUGACGGGACUAAAGAGGUUCACAUAAACUUCAAGAAACCCAUUAAUAUCAGAGGCACUGCGAUAAGUGACGGGUGUGGGUUCCGACCGUUCCUACUCUUUUUUCCCGUGUUGACGCAGAAUAUACUCAAAGACCCCGAUUAUGUGAAUCGAUUGAAUCCCUUUGCGAUUAACGACGUCUACAGCAGAAGCUCUCGGAUUAACGCAAAUAUUCGGCGAACCGUUAAUCCGAAUGAAACGCGACGACCGACU